AUGCAGAAUGCUCACGAGCGAAUCGUAGAGACGACAUUGGAUCCAGACGAUGUUGGAAUUGACAAAGACAAUGGAGAAAAGUUUACUGCACUUGACAUUAUGCGCAUGUCUGCAGGAUUAGUGUUGUUGGCGUGUGUACUUGGAAAAGUACUUACAGGUUCUGCUCUAUGGGGUUGGAAUUGGCACAAGGAGGCAGUUUCCCUUGAGCCGAGCGCCUUUUGGUCUGAUUUUGAGCUGCCCGUAGAAUUUACACCUUUACAGCUUGGAGAGUUCUCCGGAGAUCGUGCCUCGUCGGAAAAGCCUAUUCUUCUAGCGAUCAGGUCGAAGGUAUUUGACGUUUCGGCGAGGCCAUCUAUGUACGGGUCAUGGGGUCCUUACCGAAAGUUCACAGGCAAAGACUGCUCACGUGCCUUCAGCUACAGCUGGGGCGAUUGGAAUGGUCUCAGUGCACCGUGCGACGCCAGUCUCGAUGGGCUUUCCGUGGAACAGCUUGGGAGGGUUGAUUCGUGGCUCGAAUUUUUUCUACGUAAAUACCCCAUGGUGGGGUACGUUGUCCCCGAACGCAUCCCUGCAGGUGACGCCGACAAUUACACCCCGUCCGAAUCUGGUGAUAGCAGCUGA